AUGCGUCAAAGAGAUGAGUUAGUAUCACUCACUAAUCACAUAUUUGAAGGUGAAUCGGAAAAGCUUUUUGGACAACUGGAACUGAGAGGCGAAUUUACUCAAAGCAAUCAAACUUUCACAGACGAUGAAUUACAUGAAAUUCUUACAUUCCUUCCUUUUCAAGAUAUUUUACAUAAAUAUAUGCUUGUUUCCGUACAGUGGAUGAGAGUUGUUAUGAAAAGUGUUCCAAUAUUUUGGCAUUUCAAAAAGCAUUAUGGAAAUGGUCGAGUGAAAAGAUUGGUUAGAUCACCAUUUCUUAGAAAUUUGACAGGAUUGGAUUUGAAUUUUUGUAGGAUUGGCCUUGAAGGUGUUAAACUUGUUGCUUCACAUGAAAUGAUGGCAAAAUUGAAAACACUUUCUUUACAAUGGUCUGAAAUAGAUGCAGAAAGAAUUACCUUGAUUGCCACAAGUCCUGUAAUGAGUCAACUCACAGAUUUAGAUCUGUAUGGAAAUUCAAUUGGAGAUGAAGGAAGUAGAAUUAUUUCUGAAAGUAUCUACAUGAAAAAUUUAACUCGUUUAAAUCUUGAAGGAAAUGGUUUGGAAAUUGCAGGAAUCAAACAUCUUUCAGAGAGUCAAAACAUGUCCAAUUUGAGAGAUUUAAAUUUGGCUCAUAAUUCAUUACUUUUAGAAGGAAUUCAAAUUCUUUGCAAUAGUAUUUAUAUUACCAAAUUGACCUAUCUUGACUUGAGUGGAAGUGGAAUCAAGCUAGCUGGUAUCUCUACAAUGUGUAACAGUUCCAACAUGUGUGGAUUGAAAAAACUCACCCUUGAAAAGAUAGAUAUUGGUGAAGGUGGAAUGCAAUAUUUAGCAGAAAGUAAUAUCCUCAACAAUUUGACCAGCUUGAAUGUAAAAGGUUCUCAGAUUACUGAAAAAGGCAUGUCUUUUCUAGCAUCUAGCACUAACUUGCAAAAAGUCAAGUCUCUAAUUCUUACUAGAAACCUGGUACUUGAUGGUGGUUUGCAGAGUUUGUCCAAAUCUACAUUGAGAAUUACCGAGCUGGAUCUUUCCAAUAAUGGAAUAAGUGAUAAAGGAGUCAGGCACAUUACAACAUCUGCUGUAUUUUCCCAAUUGACCAAUUUGAACCUUUCUAAUAAUGAUAUAACUGGAAAGGGUGUUUCUACUCUAGUAUCAAGCAAAAUUAUCAGCAAUCUCCAAGUACUCAAUCUUAAUAAUAAUUAUAUUGAGAAUGAAGGAGCCGAGCACAUAUCAAAGAGUUAUCUGAUAAGAAAUCUGAAAAGACUUGAAUUGACAGCAAGUGGAAUUAGUAAGGAAGGAUUGAAACAUAUUGCAGAGAGUCCAUUCCUAAGUAAUCUUUCGUAUUUGAAUGUAGCAAGAAAUGUCAAGCAUUGUAGAGGUUUCUUGCAAAGCUUUGCAAUUCCAUGGUUAGAUAAUUUAAUUGAAACUGAAUCUAUUGAUUUGUAA